AUGUACAGCAUCGAAGGAGCUGAGGACAAGUCACUGCUGAUGGCCCUAUGGGUGGCACCACACCGCUUCGCCGGGUGGUUCGGAUGGAACGGCGGCUGCCGGGCGCGACAACUGUGCCAGAUGACACCGAAUCAUGCUCUUUCUGGCUUGGUCUUGCCUCUUUUUGCCUCCAGGUCGACGCCCGGUAGCGCUGUUGGGCGCACGGCUUACUCUAGCUCCAGCACGACCGGCCGGUUCUGGCAAUGCAUCGAGAUCGUAAUCGGAAACUCGAAUGGCAUCUACAUAUUCGAACGGUCCGAUGCAGUGGCCGGGGCUGACUGUGCGAAAGUUCGUAUCUUGCAUGAACAGAAGCGAGAGGCGACAUUUGCGACACCGCGAGUGGGGGCACAGCCCGACUUCGUCCCGGUCAGCCGUGGCAGAUCGCAAGGCCAAGAGGCCAAGAGGCGGGUUGAGACUGUGUCUUGUGAAGUGUAUCUUACUCCGUACUUGUAUAAUUGCUCCGUACUCCGUGCUGCACUGCUCUUUCCCUGGCCGGCCCAACUCCGAGUCACAUGA